AGGGGGUUGAUGGGGAUUUAGCUGCUUCUGUAAGCUAGCUACAUAGUAGUCCGUCGUUAACAUUAUUUACUGGCUGUGGCAUAGUUUUACUCUAAGGAAAUAUAAACACGUCCGUCACUCGUGUUCAUUCGAGUGGCCGUCACUCGUGUUCACUCGAGUGGCUGUACUGUCACUCGUGUUCACUCGAGUGGCUUACAGCUUCCUUCGCGCGGAUGUCCAAGGUUGACGCGUGGUGGUCAAUGAAAAUGGUGCCUUGACAAAUAGAAUGAAAAUGGGACGGAAAUAACGGCUUCAUCAACGAUAUAACACAGCAAUAGGUAAUUGUCCCAACAAGUAAACCGUUACCAUGACGACUGUUGGGAAGACUUGUAUAGGCCUUCUUCGCCCUAGUCGUCUUGGCAGACUCCUCGCCACAUCAAAUGCCGCCGUGUCAUCAUACCACCCAAAACUACAGACUGUGUCAGGCGUUCGUGGUAAUUUUGCCACAUACAGCUCCAUAACGGAUCAUAACGCCACCAAGUCUGAGUUCAGAACCAUCAACAGUGUCAUACCGACCAAGGCCAUUGAUGCCAGCAAGAAGGCAUCACUUGUUAUUUUCGACAAAGAUGGCACCUUGAUAUGCUUCCAAGCAAUGUGGUCCCCUUGGGCCAGGAAAAUAGCAUCUAAAUUGGAGGAAGCCACCGGACUAGACAUUCAGGAGAAAGUGUUUAAAACGAUUGGGUUCUGUACAUCAUCUGACCGAGUUGUUCCGGGCUUGCUGGCAGAAGCUACCACAGAGAUGGUUCAGGAUGCUAUAGUUGAGCUUCUCAAACAGGAGGGCAUAGAUGAGGUCAAAGGUCGUGCCAUUGUAAACAAUAUCUGGGAGGAUGGACAUGGUCUCUAUGAAACAAAAAUUCUAGCAGACCUAAAAACUUUGUUUAAGAUAUUGAAAAGCAACAAUGUUAAGAUUGCUGUUUGCACCUCUGACUGUAGAAAAGGAACUGAAGACUUUUUGGAAGAUUUGGGAGUUAAUGAUUUAGUUGAUCACAUUGUUUGCGGCGAUGACCCAAACAAUGUUCCAAAACCUGCUGCAGAUAAUGCCCAGAUGAUCUGUGAAAAGCUUGGCGUGAAUCCUGAAGAUACUGUCAUGGUUGGAGACACCAAGGCCGAUGUGGGUAUGGGAAAGGCAGCACAGUUAGGUUGGAACAUUGGGGUACUGAGUGGUGUAGGACAGACAAAUGAUUUGUACCCGGCGGCCAGUCAUGUGAUCGAGAGUGUACAGGACUUGCUACCCCUUAUCCUACCAGAGGAUCAAUGGAGAGAAUGUUACGCCUACUCCAAUGAUCAGAGGAUUCUGGUCGAACCAUAUUCGCUUGAACCUUCUAAUUCAGAUGAGUUUGUUAGUGUUGAGAAUCAUGUUUCGAAGGUUGCUUUGAUCAUCUUAGAUCUCCAUGGCACGAUCCUCUGUACCCACAGCAAGUAUGCCAGCUGGAUGGACCAGAUCUGUUCAAGGUUAGAACAAGCAACUGGCCUUCGUGAUCUGAAGUCAGAAAUUCACCAGAGGCUGGGGAUAUGUGAAAAAACAGGUAAAAUAAAAGAUGGCCUGUUGAAUGAACACGGGACCACCAAUAUGGAGGUGAGGUCAGCGCUGGUAGAGAUAAUCCAUAAACACUUUACAUAUGAGGAGUCCUUGAUGGUUGUCAACAAAGUCUGGCAAGAGUGUGAAUCUGCUCUUCUGACCGCACCGAAAUCUCUUCACAAAGACAUCAAAAAGUUCUUCAAAACAUUAAAGAGGAAAGGAAUCAAAAUAGCAAUAUGUACCGGAGAUAAACGGGAUCUUGCACUGUCUGACUUGAAAAAUCUUGGUGUGUUGAAAUAUGUUGACAUGAUGAUCUGUGGAGACGACCCUCACUCUGUCUCCAGGUCACCUGACCACAGCACACGCCUCAUCUGUGAUGAACUCAAUGUUGACCCAGAGAAAACCGUGAUAGUUGGUGAUUCUACCAACGAUUUUUCUUCUGGAGAAACAGCAAAGGUACAAAAAAUUGGCGUGUUAUCAGGUGUGGGGUCUGCAGAUGAUCUAGAGUGUGUUACAGACUUGGUUGUACCCACAGUAGACCAUGUGAUUGACCAUAUCAUGGAGAAUCUACCAGCCAGUCCCAUCAAACAGCAGGUACCCCCAGAUGCAAUUCCUGCCACAAGGAAGCCAGGGGGAGUGAAUGUCCAAUGUAGGUUGUUCAGCACCACCUGUCAUGUGAGGCCGACUUUCUCAAGUAGUAUACAGGUCAGAAAUGCCUCCACGGUAUCAGGAUCCUCCUACGACUACGUCAUCAUUGGUGCUGGCUCGGCUGGCUGUACUCUUACCAAUCGGCUGUCAGCUGACCCUAACAACAAGGUGUGUGUUGUGGAGGCUGGUCCAAAAGACUACACCUGGAAGAUCCACAUGCCUGCUGCGCUCAUGUACAAUUUGUGUGAUGAUAAGUACAACUGGUACUACCAUACCGAGCCAGAACCACACAUGAACAACCGUGUCAUGUACUGGCCACGAGGACGUGUCUGGGGAGGAUCGUCCUCACUCAAUGCCAUGGUCUACAUCCGAGGAAAUGCCGGUGAUUAUGAUGGAUGGGAAAAGGCUGGAGCGAAAGGAUGGUCUUAUGCAGAUUGCUUGCCAUACUUUAAAAAAUCACAAACCCAUGAACUUGGAGAAAAUGACUACAGAGGUGGUGAUGGUCCACUUCAUGUAUCGCGUGGGAGGAGCAACAACCCUCUGCAUCAGGCCUUUAUAGAGGCAGGUCAGCAGGCCGGCUUCCCAUUUACGGACGACAUGAACGGCUACCAACAGGAGGGCGUGGGGUGGAUGGACAUGACCAUUCACAAAGGUCGACGCUGGAGUGCUGCCAUGGCCAGCCUCAGGCCAGCACUAAAACGUGACAAUGUGACGGUAGAAUCUAACGCACUGUCAACCAGAAUUGUAUUUGAGAACAAGAGAGCCGUCGGUGUAGAGUAUGAACAGAAGGGUGUUAAAAAGAUUGUACGAGCAGAGAAGGACGUGAUUCUGAGUGGAGGAUCAAUCAACUCUCCCCAGCUCCUCAUGUUGUCGGGUGUGGGCAAUGCAGAUGAACUUAAGGCGCUGGACAUCCCUGUGGUUCAACACUUGCCAGGUGUUGGGGAGAACCUCCAGGACCACCUUGAGGUGUACGUACAGGAAGCAUGCAAGCUACCCAUCACUCUCUAUUCUGCUCAGUGGAAGUUCCCUCACAAUAUGAUCCGCAUAGGGCUGCAGUGGUUCCUCACUCAGAAAGGUGAUGGAGCUACUGCCCACUUAGAGAGUGGAGGGUUUGUCCCAAGCGAAGAAGGCUUAGAGUAUCCUGACAUUCAGUUCCAUUUCCUACCUUCUGUUGUGCAGGAUCAUGGGCGCAAAACUGGAGAUGAACAUGCCUACCAACUCCAUGUGGGACCUAUGCGGGGUACAAGCAGAGGCUUUAUUAAACUGAAAUCCAGGAAUCCAAAAGACCAUCCAACGCUCGUAGCCAACUAUUUGUCAACAGAAUAUGAUGUAAGGACAAUGAGAGACAGUGUCAAAGCUGCUAGGGAAGUGUUUAAACAGAAAGCGUUUGAUCCUUUCCGCGCAGGUCGCGAAAUAGCCCCUGGAUCUGAAUGUCAAACAGAUGCUGAAAUUGAUGCCUUUAACCGUGCUUAUGGCGACAGCGCCUAUCAUCCGUCAUGUACAUGUAAAAUGGGAUCGGAGAGUGACCCAAUGGCUGUGGUGGAUUCUCAAACCCGUGUUCUAGGUGUCGAUAACCUCAGAGUUGUUGAUGCUUCUAUCAUGCCAAAUAUUGUUUCUGGGAAUCUUAAUGGCCCUACAAUCAUGCUGGCUGAGAAGGCUGCUGAUAUCAUCUUAGGCAACGAACCACUGCCUCGGUCUACGGCACCUGUGUACAAAAACAAGGUAUAGGACGUGAAAUAACCUUUCUCGUGUGGAUAAAGCCAAAUCCACAAACCACUGCGCAUACCCCAUUCACUGCUCCUGUAUACAAAAAUAAGGUAUAGAUAUGAUAGGUAAAUCACGUGUUCAACAGAAAUAUGUCAUAGGGUAUAUGUAAUAAAGAGAUUUUGUACAAAUUUAUUGACGAUGCCUGAAUUUUAAUGGUAGUCCGUCAGAAGAAAUAAGUACAAAUAUGUCAGUGUUUGCUUAAGAGUAUAUAUAUUUUCAGGUAGAAUUGGAAUUUUGUUGUAUUUCAUCAAUUUUCCUGGCACUGCCUUAUGAUGCUGAACACUUUUAUUGAGGUCUUGAGGUUUUCAUUUUAAUUUUGUUUUGAUAGAUGAAUACAUUGUAUUUAUUUGUUUUGUAUUUUAAUUAGUAUUAGAUUUUUUUGAAAGUAUAGUCACAAUGCAAUUGAUUUUUUCUGUUGUAUUUAAUUUGAUUUUCAUAUUUUGAAACAACUUUUGUCGAUUAAAGAACUGUUUUACUUUUCAAGUGAACAAAUACUCAGAGUCUCAGAAUAUCUUGUUUCCAGGCUUCAUUUUUGAUAAUGUAUAUAUCUAUGUGCUUCAUAAUUUCAGCAGCAUUGUGUACUUGUUUCUGCAUAACAAUAUAGGAACAUUUCCAUCAGAUACUUAUAACGUAUUAUCAGUGCUUUGGACUUUAAAAUUAAAUUGUGUGAAGUACACAAUUCGAUAGGUAUAAAUGUAGUUUGGUAUAUUUUUAUUUCCAUAUUUAUUACAGGGCUUUUCUCAAUGGUUUGGGAUGGGGCCUUUUUGUCUCGUUUUUGGAAGAAAAUUGGUGAAUUGUGAAAGAUUUCUUCAGGUGUAGACUGCAAAUUUUGUUGUUACUCGGAAAUAAUUUCAAUUGGGAAUGGACUCGAAAAAAAGCAUGUACUAGCAUAUGAUUUGUUGUCCAGCCUGGACUGGUUGUAGUGUCCUAUCCCAGUGAUAAGGACACUUAAAGUAUUUAUUAUAGCUUUUUUAUCCUAACUAUAGGACUGUAUCAUGAUAAGAUUAUAAAGCGAUAACUUCCGUCUGUCCGUUCGAUACAGCGUCCGAAACAAAAAAGAUAAACAAAACUCCAGUAAUUAUAUAUUUUAUAUAAACAUUAAGUAUGGAUCAGUCAUGAGGUAUUGUAGUGUCAUUUAAAAGCCAUCAUGGAUUUCUCCAUAUUUCUUCGUUUGGCAUAGAAAUGAAGAUCUUGCAUCCCUUUAUACCGUUUUCGGAGCCUGUUCAAGAUGUUAAAAAGGUGACAUCACAAAAUGGAAAAGAUGUGAAUCAAUCUCACGAUCUAAAUGUAGUGCCUUUUGCUACAAGUAAUUGUUUCUGUAAUUGAGCACUUUUCCCUAAAAACUUAAAUCUAUUGGCAAGUCCCGGAGAGGUGAAUCUGAAUGCCUUUGUUAUAAAUUGUGACUUGGCCAAGUGUUGUGCUGCUCUGUCCAUAUUGUGACGAGUUGGUGAGAUAGCACUUAAAUCGUCUCUUGAUGAGCCCAUCAUUUUCAGAUUCUGUUUUAUAUAACCCAUGGGAUGCAAACCUUCAAACGAACACAGCGAGAAGAAAAAGGAAAAGUGCACAAUUGUUCAUACGAAUUGAUUUCUUCCACAUCACUUGAGUGUCCACUUAUAAAUCUUAUUGCCAAAUGUGCUUUAAGCUUACAUACCUUUUCUAGAGUGUAUGAAAUAUAAAAACAUUGUAAUAUACUCUUUUAAAAAAAAAUUUUUUUUUGUCCUUUAUUACAUUGCCUUGAAAAUGACUUGUUUGAAAUAGCUAACGUAAUUAAGAAAUGGAGGAUUGAAUAUCAGCCUGUACUGCUACAAUUUUUCUUUCUAUUUAUUUAUUUAUUUUAUUUUUCAGAUAUUCGUAUUGAAGUUUUAUUUUACAUUGAUUAUUUUUUCUGGUUUAAGCUACUGCCAUUCAUUGUUGAUAUUUAGUUCAAGUAGAAGGUAGUAAUUACUUCUAUAGGUUAUUAUAUUUUCAUAUGUUUCGAUAAACACAUAUAACUCCCUCACCCUCAUCAAUGAUCCUGAAUUGAUCUAUGUAAUCAGAAUAUUUUGUCUCCACCAAUCAGCAUUACACGCCGUGUUGCAUACACUUCUUGUGAUAGCUAUUAUUACAAAAUUGUUAUAACAUAUCUUAUUUACAUGAUAGUUACUUUUUAUUAUGUUUACAUUUAGAUAUGCAUAUAUACCUUAUGUUGUUUGUAUAUUGUGUUGAAUAAUGAACAGAUUAUGGUCACAGGGUCAUCAAUGACAUAGGAUGAUGAUUAAUGUUAUAUCAUAAUUCAAGGUAAACCUAAUGGUGUGUUUUAGGUUUUAUUUUAUUAGUUGGAUAGUUGAGAGGAGAUUGGUUGAUUUAAGAUGUGUACCAAAUAUUACAGAGUUGAUGUAACUAGUGAUAUGGUUGAUUUAAGAUGUGUACCAAAUAUUACAGAGUUGAUGUAGCUAGUGGUAUGGUUGAUUUAAGAUGUGUACCAAAUAUUGCAGAGUUGAUGCAACUAGCUAGUGAUAUGGUUGAUUUAAGAUGUGUACCAAAUAUUACAGAGUUGAUGCAACUAGUGGUAUGGUUGAUUUAAGAUGUGUAUUGAGUAUCACAGGGUAAUAUAACUAGGGAUUUGAUUUGUUGAACAUCUUUGUCAAGCAGACAUUUUGAGCUACACGAGAAUAUAUGUAAAUCCAUUCUUUUAUACAAUGUACAAUCAAGAAAUGUAUCAAAUUUACAUUCCAGUUGUAAGAUAUACCAAAGAUAUUUUACGUAUUUGAUCAUAUUAUUGUAACUAAGGUUGGAUAUUGAUUCAGCCUCCAAUUUAAAAUUGUAAUAUAGUAGGUAUACCUUAUUGAAACAAUGUAUCAUUGUAUAUGUGUACCUUAUUGGAACAAUAUAACAUUGGAUGUAUACCUUAUUUAUAUACAUUUGUUAUAAGGUGAUGAAAAUAAACCGUAAUUUGAAAUCCAA